CGUGUUGAAUCUAUCGAGGGAAGGACGUUGGAGAGUCGGUAUAGGUGUUCAUUUACAGGGAACACAAUCACAAGAAUAGGUGUAUAUUUACUCUCAACCGGGUGAGCACACAAACUCUUAGCUCUUUGAACUAACAGGUGGAUUUUGGAAAGCUCAGGACUGCAUAACCUUGGUUGAAGUCUAGAAUCAUUUUUUUUUAACUCUGCUUUGAUCUCUCACUUCGUGAACUUGGACUUUGUCAUGGUGUAAAUUCAUUUGCAACACAUUAACGGAAAUAACCAGACAGAGUAAAUAAGUAUUUACGAGAUUUACGAGAGAAGAACAGAACUGAAUUGUUGUUUUACCUCGGACAAGCAAGACAACAAACACAACACAGCCAGAUAACUUCACGGUGAAGACUCCUCACAUCGAGUUCUUCGAGUAUUGAAUGUACGCAAGUUCAGCAGCAGUACUUACUGAAUCUCUGUAUCAACUUAUGCCAAGUUUCGUGUGCCUAGCAUUUAGUGUGUCACAUCGUUGCUCAAGCUAUCGGGGAUAGACCGAACCCACGCAGACCCAGGAUUUAAAUGUGGAAAUAAGCUCAGCAAGACAAAUUACUCAGGCAACAUAUUGGAAAAUCGGAACGCUAAAUUUCCUUCACCAUUAGCUGAGGGAAGAGGCACACGGGAAUAGUGGAUCAAUAUCAAAUUAGGUUGUAUCCUUGAUUUGCGGAACACUGAAGAAUCGUAUAUUUUAUAGUGGUGAGAAGUAGCCAUCGUGGGUCAUUUGCUGACCGUUCAUUCUUGCUACUAGGCCGGCGAAGAAAGAAAAUGUUUUGGGAAAUAUAGCGUAAAGGGGAGAGACAAGUGACCCGACGACCGAGACCUCGAGCUACCUAAGAGAUCCGGGUGAAAUCAACGUCGAGACUACUUACAACCCGGAUAGGGUUAAAGUGAGCUGAAUAUGUUAAAACCAUCCAGCUUGUUGCCUUUUUCAUUCCCAUAAUAACAAUUUAUAUGGAUUGACUGAUUGAUUGAGUGAAUGCACUCCAUUUUAAAUGUAUGGGACGUAUGCGUCCCGCCAUAAACUUACAACUGUGCACUUACAUCUGUAACGUCUUUUGCAGUACAUUACAUUGAAACCUUAACUUAAGAGGGGCUCUACCCUUCACAUACUGUUCAAACAGGUAUAUGCCGAUGCAACACUACACGUGUAUGAUUGUAUUCUACUGAUGAUGUACACAGUAUAGCCAAAUCGCAAUGGAUAUAACGGACUUUGCCUUGAUCCUCGGCUGUCUGCUAGGUAUACUGACUCAAUGUCUGAGUGGACGAAUUAUCCCUCCCGCUCACUAUCACGAUGAACUUCAAAGACGCGUAGGCGAUCACGAAAUCAUAAUCCCAACCCUUGUUGAUCACAGAGGGGAAUUCUUAUCUUUCGAUGUUAUAAACAGCAGGAAAAGGACUCGAAGGCAUGCUCCUAGUGAGAACGAUGUCGAGCAAGAACACACAUCGUCGUCAUCGUCGCACGUGGCCGACGACGACGGUCGACCACACCACUACGUUCCUCACCAUGGUCGAAUGAACUACAAACUCUCCGCAUACGGGAAUGAAUUUCACUUGAACUUAACGCUGAAUCAUAGACUCACUUCUAAAGCGUUCGUUGUCGAAUAUUUGAACUCGACGGGGGUCGAGAGGCGACAUCGGAACGUCGACGUGUGUCACUAUCAUGGCCAUAUCGUGGGUCACAGGAAAUCAAGUGUAGCGAUCAGCAAUUGCCGUGGAUUACAUGGAUAUAUCAGAUCUCAUGAUGGAGAGGAGUAUAUGUUGGAGCCUGUGGACCAUUAUAAAAAGUAUGUGCUUGAGGGGCAUCCCCAUGUCAUUUACAAGCGUUCAUCACCCCCUCAACAGCAGGAACCAGAUACUGAGGAGAAGGUGGCAUGCUCAGUUAAAAGUAAGUCUUAUAGGACAUGCCAAGAUCUAGGUUGAACUCUUCUUUUAAAGCUAUGACUUUAUGAAGCUUAUGGAAUCAGGAUACAUUUGCUACCAAUUACUUAUCGGCUAUUUCAUACUUUUGUCUGAUUGUCCUAAUGGAUAACAAACUGGUUCAAAAAGAGGUGACCUAGUAAAUUGUGGCCUCAAUAUAAAGAUUUUCAAAGAAAGAUGGUAUUGAAUAAAAAGUGAACAAAAAAAAAACUCUAUUUGAUAGUUAUAUAUGAACUGUUAUGAAAUGUGUGUGCCACAUACUUAACAAAAACAAACUUUUCAACCAGCUACAGAAGUCCAUGGCCAGCAUGCUAGCAAUAGCUAGUUACAUGCUAAUAUAAGCCACUGAAACCCGCUAGUUGGUUGGCUAAGAGCUGCACAUUUUCAUAGAUUUCCAUUUUUCAGCAUUCGCAAGAAAUAUGGAAUACAUGUAGGGCUGGCCCCAUAUUACCACAAGCGUAGGCACUUCCUCAAGAAACAUCUAUGACAAAUGUAGUUCUUCAUUUCCGUUCCAUCCUUGAUCCGAGUAACUUGGUAUGAAUCACCAUUCCUUUCCCACACGUCCCCCCCCCAUGAGGUUUCAGUUUUCGUAAUAAUCAGAACCACGAGAUCGAGACACAUGGCCAAGGCACGGAGUAUGUUUUAGAUAUUAAGUCUGCCAUGUUUACAGGAUAUUCAAUGUGAACAUGUUGUCACGUCAGCAGAACACCCAUCCACUAUGGACCACUCCGGCUUAGCCUAUGCUGCCCUUGGAGACUUUGCUCUGGGAUGUUAUAUUACAGUUGAUGAUUCAGUGUUGAGGCUAUACAGAUUAGAAAUGUUAUGUAUGAACGCUAAUCGAUCAGGUUGAGUGCAACUGAUAGUAUAACAGUGUUCUCAAUAUAAAAAAUAAUCCAGGCAUUUGGAUAAAU